AUGUUCACUGGAUUAGUAGAAACAAUUGGUACCGUGUUGUCAUAUAGUGAAAACGAUUCCACCACUUCAGGAGGUAAUGGGGUAUCCAUGACUAUAGGAGAUUGUCAAGAGAUCUUGAUUGAUGCCAAACUUGGGGAUUCCAUAUCAACAAACGGAGUUUGCCUUACAGUUACAGAGUUAAAUGAUGAAAAAACUUGGUUUAAGGUAGGUAUUGCACCAGAAACUUUACGUCGUACAAAUUUAGGUGAUUUAAGAACAGAUUCCAAAGUGAAUUUAGAAAGAGCUGUCACCAGUGAUGUCAGAAUGGGGGGCCAUGUAGUACAAGGACAUGUUGAUACCAUUGCCACCAUAACACAAAAGAAACCUGAUGGGAAUGCUAUAGUAUUCACCUUUCAAUUACGUGAUAAACAAUUCAUAUCGUAUAUUGUUGAAAAGGGAUUCAUUUCAAUCGAUGGUACUUCAUUAACUGUAACCGAUGUGGAUUACAAAACUUGUGAGUUCUCUAUUAUGAUGGUUAGUUAUACCCAAAGUAAAGUUAUUAUGCCAAUGAAAAAUAUUGGUGAUACUGUGAAUAUAGAAGUAGAUUUAACAGGAAAAUUAAUUGAAUCCCAAAUUGAAGCCAAUUUGAAUAGUCAAUUCGAAAAUCCUGAUAGUUUAUUGGUCAAAUUGAUCGAAAAAUUAGUAGAUAAAAAGAUUGAAGAAGUAGUUAAGAGUAAAUUAAAUUAA